CCUGCAAAUUCUCUCUCUCUCUCUCUUCUACCUCUCGUAUUAAUGAAACUCAAGUGAACUGAAUCAGUAAUUUCAGUUCUCCAGAGAAGCCUUCUAGUUGCAGAUCGGAUCAUAUUCAAAAACUUCGCCGGAAAAUUGAAGAUUCCGCCGGAAAAUAAGAGAAAAUGCCGCAGGAGAACUCAUACGGCUCAAUCUUUCCAUCACCUUGUAAGAAUUUGAGAGGAUUGAAAGGCCUGAGUUCAAUCGUGAACGGUAACAGUUCCGACGAUUCAUUCGGCGAGGAAAUCAUCAGCGAUUAUGAAUUAGCACAGAGGAAAGCCGAAGAAUCAGCUUCGAGAAGAUACCAGGCUGUACAAUGGCUGCGCCAGAUGGACAACGGCGCAUCGGCCGUCCUGUCGAAGGAACCGUCCGAAGAGGAGUUAUGCUUGUCUCUGAGAAACGGUCUCAUCCUCUGCAAUGUCCUCAACAAAGUCAAUCCCGGAGCCGUCCACAAAGUGGUGGAAAAUCCUAUCCUAGAUAUUCUGUCGAAUGAAGCCGGAGCUCAGUCUGCGAUUCAGUACUUUGAGAACAUGCGGAAUUUUCUCUUAGCCGUUGGCAAUAUGAAACUCUUGACAUUCGAAGCCUCCGAUCUGGAGAAGGGAGGCUCUUCGAGCAAAGUGGUAGACUGCAUUCUUUGUUUGAAGGGUUAUUACGAGUGGAAACAAGCCGGAGGGACUGGGGUUUGGAGGUAUGGGGGGACGGUGCGUAUAGUAUCCUUCCCAAAAGGAUCACCAUCUGCUUUUGUUGGCAGCGAAAGUACUGACGAGUCCGUGGAUGAAUCUGAAUCCUCACAGUAUGAACAGCUAUUAGAGUUUCUCCAUCUUUCUGAUGAGGUUGCAGCUGAAGAAUCAAAUGCGGCUAAUGCUCUGAACAUUCUUUUUGAUGGUUUUGCACUUGGAAUUUUGAAAGCGUACCUUAGUGAAACAAAUGGAUUUGAGGACGUCCCUUUGAAUUCAAUGGUUAUUGAUGCUAUCCUCAGGAAAAUUGUAAAAGAUCUCUCAGCACAAAUUGUUUCUCAAGGCAUCAAGUUUGGCCAACAUCUGAAGAAAAUGCUAAAAGGUAGCGCUCCUCUAUCAAAAUCAGAGUUUUUAGAGGCUAUCUCUAAGUACAUUUGCCAGAAAACUAGAUUGCUACCUAAUGACAUAGCCAAGUACUGCAUUUGUGGUGGAAAACGUGAAGCAAUCAUGCAAAAUAGCACUCACUCUGUGGAUAACAUGGAAAAACUCUAUUCACAAGACAGACAGCUUGAGGAGCUAAAAUUGCGUUUCCAGCAAACAAAACAAGAAAUUGAGCUGGUUAAUUCUUCAUGGAUGGAAGAAUUCAAAAGGCUUGAACACCAUAUUAAGGGACUUGAAACAACCUCUUCUUCUUAUCACCAAGUGUUGGAGGAAAAUCGUUUACUUUACAAUCAAAUUCAAGACUUAAAAGGAACAAUUAGGGUUUACUGUAGAGUCAGGCCAUCCUUACCUGGACAAAAUGAUGGACAAUCAACGGUGGAUUAUAUUGGAGAAAAUGGGAACCUCAUGGUUGUUAAUCCUCAAAAACAAGGCAAAGAUGCAAGGAAAAUGUUCAAUUUCAAUAAGGUGUUUGGAACAAACGUGACCCAGGAACAAAUAUACAAAGAUACUCAACCAUUAAUCAGAUCUGUGCUUGACGGUUUCAACGUUUGUAUCUUUGCAUAUGGACAGACUGGUUCAGGAAAGACAUAUACAAUGAGUGGUCCUGACCUAAUGACUGAAGAUACCUGGGGAGUAAACUAUCGAGCUUUACGUGACUUGUUUCAAAUUUCAAAAAAAAGGGGAGACGUUAUACAGUAUGAAGUUGGAGUCCAGAUGAUUGAGAUUUACAAUGAACAAGUGAGGGAUCUAUUGGUCAUUGAUGGCUCCAAUAGACGAUUAGAAAUAAGAAACAACUCUCAACUGAAUGGCCUUAAUGUGCCUGAUGCAUGUUUGGUUCCUGUUAAGUGUACUGGAGAUGUACUUGAACUGAUGAAAAUAGGCCAUAGAAACCGAGCUGUAGGAGCUACGGCGUUGAAUGAGCGAAGUAGCCGUUCACAUAGUAUUUUGACAGUUCAUGUUAGAGGAAAGGAGUUAAUGUCUGGAACUAUUCUAAGGGGUUGUCUUCAUUUGGUUGAUCUUGCUGGAAGUGAGAGAGUGGAUAAAUCAGAGGCAGUUGGAGAAAGGCUGAAGGAAGCACAACAUAUUAAUAGAUCUCUUUCUGCACUUGGAGAUGUCAUCUCUGCUCUUGCACAAAAGAGUACACAUAUACCUUACCGGAAUAGCAAACUUACUCAAGUGCUGCAAGAUUCAUUAGGUGGUCAUGCUAAAACAUUGAUGUUUGUACAUAUAAAUCAUGGGGUUAAUGCUUUUGGUGAGACAAUAAGUACACUCAAGUUUGCAGAAAGGGUUGCCUCAAUAGAGCUUGGAGCUGCUCGAUCUAACAAAGAAAGUGGUGAAAUCCGAGAAAUAAAAGAAGAGGUCUCAAACCUCAAGUUGGCAUUAGAGAGAAAAGAAGCUGAAUUGCUUCAACUUAAAAGUGCACCCAACAGAUGCACCAUAGAUCCUCCCAAAAUCAGAACUGGCUCACCUUUUCACAUGCCUAGACAAGGGAAUAAUGCAACUUUGAAGCCUGAAAUUUCUCAGCCAGCUGUGGAUGACAGCAAAAGCUCCGAGGUUAGGAGCUCCUCUUCAGGAAAACAAAGAAAGUAUCGUCUUCCCUCCAAAUUCACUGACAGAGACAAUCUUAGAAAAGUUCCAUUUAUCACUGAAGAGAAGAAGCUGCUAGUAGUUUCUUCCAAAACAAGAUCACCAUCCCCUCCACCUUUAAGGAGGUCAAUGUCAACUGAUAGAGGGUCUGUUAUGAGAAGUGCAGUAAAGCCUGACCCAGUCGAAAACCAACCACUCCCUAGACGCCCAUUUCCAAUUGGAGUUUCUUGCAACAAAACUAUAGUUUCAUUACCAUUCACACAUUCUACAGAAAAAAAUGCAUCAAGGCAAGAUAACAUAUCUGAUGCAUACCUUAACUUACAGAGGACUUCUGUUAAGAAGUUUCAACAAGAGCAUGAAGAUGAGCAGGCUAAACAAGCUCUUAGUAUCAGAAAUGCAGGCUUUAGGACAAACAAACUAGAAAAUAAAGGCAAGGCUAAGAAUCAGCUACCAACUUCCACCACACUGAUAUAUGACACUGAAGGUGGCGGAAAAAUUGAGGAAACUGAAAAUGAGAAUAUCCUUGCCGGAGCUCCUCCUGUAUAUAGUGUUCUAAAGGUGAAAAAGCUUCCGAGGAACUCAUCAAGGAAUAAUUCUCAGAAUGUCGGGCCAAGAGAACCAGCUAAGGAAGGUGUGCCGGAAAUUAAGAGGAGCAGGUCUACUCCUCGUGGGAAACUCUUAGCUUAGAAUCCAUUUGCUUCUGUAAGUUCCAUUAAGUUAAUUCUUUAGUUUCUGUACAGUUUCUAUUUAUUUUAUUUAUUUUUCCAUUAAGAGCACAAAAUGAGUUUGAUUCCGAACCCUGAGGUGGUCGAGACACUUCUGUUUAUCGUAUAGUUUGUAUUCAAACAUCCUAAGAUCACUCUGGUAAAAGAUGAAAUGUGAUUUAUAUA